AUGCAAAUUGUCAAACUCUUUGGUGCCAUCAAGAAGAAACUCUCGCCACGACAUUAUCAUGAAGAGAAUCAUACAACAACUAUUACAAAAACAAAUCAAAAGCAUCAACAGAGGAGAUGCCACUCCAGUUCUAAUACACCACGAGGAAGACGUAACUCUUCCUCCUCUUCACUACACUAUUCAAGUGGUGGAGAGGAUGAUAUGAUGAUCAUAGAAGAUGCCACAAUGAUUGUCGAAGAAGAAGAACACUUUUUUGUAUGGGAUACUGAGAAAAUCAGAGCAAAUAUAUCAAGAAAACAACAACCACAACAACAACAAGGAAAUAAUUCUGCUAGCAGAAUAUCAUUAGACGGAGAUGGAAAUAAUAGAAAAUCAACUAGUUCUAUGGAUGAUGCCAAUUCAACAAAUAGUAAUCAUACAAAUCAUCAUCAAGAUCAAAAUAAUAAUAAUAAUAAUAACACAUCGAAAAGAACAUCGAGAAAGUUAUUUUCCAAAUAUAAGAGAAGUUCUUCGGUUUCUAGUUGUUUGGAUGAAUUGGCUCUGAAAGAAAAUAAGGAGGAAAAGAAAAAGUCAUCAACCUCUCCACGAUUUGAUUUCUUCUCAAAGAAGAGAAGAUCUUCGGGUGAUUUGGAUUGUAAAAGAACGUCAUCAACAACAGGAGCUUUGCCUACUACUCAACCAAGUGGUACUAGCUCAACAAGUCAAUCAGAGGAUAUUGACUAUUCUGAAUUUAAUUUGAGAAUACCAUCAUCGAGAACACUCAACAUGUUGCUUUCAGAACCUAAAACUAUUUCACCAACCUCUCAAUCUUCACCAAGAGUUACUGCAAAUAAUUCACCAAAACAAACAUCAAUGAAGGAAGAACUCAAAUCUGAAACGAGCACAAGUGAAUUAGGAGAAAAGAAAAUGCUUGAACCAAAUAAUUCAAUGCAUCAAAGCUCUUCAUCAUUUGAUGCCUUCUUUGAGGAUUAUUCAAAUGAUGUAUUGGAUCAAACUCAGUCCAACAAUCAAAAUUCAAACAAAUCACUCUCAUCUUUAGCUAAUAAUGAAUUGUGUUCAAUGAAAUCAUUUAAAAGAACUCCAUCUUCAGCCAAACCACCUGUCAAUCAAAAGAAAAAUGAAUCUUGUGAAUUGAAAACCAAUAGGACAACUCAUGGAGUUUCGAGUACUUUCUCUUCUUCCUCAUCAUCAACCUCAAUUGACAUGAUGGGAGAGGAUACCUUAAUGAAAUAUGGAAUUGUGAGAAUUUCUUUUGAGCCACUCACUUCCAAUACCACGACACCUCAACCACAACAAACAACUGCUGAAUUGUUAGAAAAACUCCAACAGUAA